ACUUCCGUCUGGAAGGACUUUGUUUUGAUUUUCAUGUUUAUGAAAACAAGAGUGGACUUAAUGCGUGAAUUGACAAAAAAAGACAGAAGAAAUUCGCCGCUCUUUUCAUUGUGCUCAGCAUGACUCCACACUUUAUGUUAGUCUAGUACUGAAUGGAAGAAACACUGUCAAAAAAUGGCGGAUUAUCAGACAGCUUACCAAGCCUUAGGUACAGAGGAAGAAGAAGAUGAUGCAGAUGACAAUGAUAUUCCUGUCAGUGAGGAGUACAUGAUCCAAGUGUGUCCUGAGAGCAGCAAGUCACGUUGGAAUCAUAUAGAAGAUCUGGAUGACUUUUUCACUCGGGUUUAUCAUUACCAUCAGCGAAGUGGCUUUACUUGCAUGGCAGUUGAAGAUCUGCUACAACUAGUGCAAUUUGUGUUUGUAGUUCUUUUUUCUGCUUUCCUGGCCAACUGUGUGAGCUAUGAUGUUCUUUUUGGCAAUGUCUACUACAACACUUCCCACAAAGUGACCAUCGGAGAAGCAUUAAUUCCUCCAGACCAGUGUGUGGCACACUUGACUCCAGUGACUGUGAUCUGCUUGCUGCUGGCACUUGUAACAUGGAUUAUUCGGCUGAUCAAAGUUGUGUACAAUAUUUUCAAGUACUUUGAGAUUCGAUCUUUCUUCAUACAAGCACUCAAGAUCAAUGCUGAAAAUUUGCCUAACAUGACGUGGCAUGAAGUACAGGCUCGGCUCAUAGAAGUUCAAAAGGAAGAGCAGAUGUGCAUCCACCAAAAGGAGCUAACGCAGCUGGAUAUCUACCACAGGAUUCUGCGCUUUAAAAACUAUAUAGUCGCUAUGGCUAAUAUUUCACUACUGCCCUUGAAGCAUAAUGUUCCUUUCCUUGGUGAAUAUGCUUUUUUGAGCACAGGUCUCAAGUACAACUUGGAAUUCAUCUUGUUCUGGGGUCCAUGGGCUCCUUUUGAGAACAGCUGGCACCUGAGAAAUGAGUACAAAAGUGCUCGUAACCGGGAGCGGCUUGCCCAAAGUAUUUCAACCAAGAUUCUGUGGAUUGGUGUCCUGAAUCUCAUCUUCUGCCCUGUAGUUUUUGUUUGGCAAAUUAUCUAUUCUUUCUUCCGCUAUGCUGAGCUGAUUAAACGGCAGCCAAGUUUCUUAGGCGCAAGAAGAUGGUCAAACUAUGGUCGCCUGAAUCUGCGGCACUUCAAUGAACUUGACCAUGAGCUUAAUUACAGACUGAACAAAGGCUAUCAACCAAUGGCAGACUAUCUGAAUAUUUUCACCACCCCAUUAGUGGUGAUUUUGGCAAAGAACUUACUGUUUAUUGCUGGCGCUUUCCUGGCUGUCUUGUUGGGACUGACUGUAAGAGAUGAAGAUGUCUUGAAAGUUGAAAACAUGUUUACCACCAUUACUAUGUUUGGUGUUUUUGUUACUGUCUGUAAAAGUCUGAUUCCUCCUGAGCACAUGAUCUUCAGUCCUGAGCUACUGCUGCGCAAUGUUGCCAUGGCAAUACACUACAUGCCAGACAACUGGAGUGGCCAAGCACACACAAAACGAGUUCGACAUGCUUGCUCCUUGCUCUUCCAGUUCAAAAUUGAAUACAUUGUGGAAGAACUGUUGAGCCCGCUGGUGACUCCUUUUAUUUUAAUCUUCUGCAUUCGACCACGUUCUCUGGCCAUUGUUGACUUUUUUCGACGCUUUACCGUGGAGGUGGUUGGUGUUGGAGAUGUGUGUUCUUUUGCCCAGAUGGAUGUAAGAAAGCAUGGCAACAAAGAGUGGCAGCCUAAUGUGCAAGCUUCUGCACCUAAAUCUCAUCAGGCAGAAGGAGGCAAGACAGAAAUGUCUUUGAUGCAUUUCCAUCAUACCAACCCUGAAUGGAAACCCCCAGAAGACUGUUCAACAUUUAUCAACACUUUUAAAGGACAAGUUCAGCGUGACAUUGCUGGUCACAGUAUGAUGCCAGCAGAUGUUCACCACAUGCCAAGUCUUGCCAGCUUGUCACUUGGUGUGCCUAGUCUGCUGCCGCUCCAGCCAGUUGGACCCUUUACAAGUAUGCUGUCCAGUUAUGUAGGACCCCUGAUGGCACCAUCUACAGUCCAGACUCCUGCUACAGCUCCCUCUGGUGGUUCUGGUUCAGGGAUACACCUGCGUGGGGCAGUGUCACAAUUUGAGGGUCCCAUUGUCCGUCCUGCCUCAUCAGGUCUGAUGGGUAGCCUAUACAGCUCUGGUGAUAGUGGAGGUACUGCUUUAGAUCGCUUAGUGCAGGUGUCUGUGUCCCAUCAGCACGUUCAGCGAGUGGACGAGUGCACUCGGGAACUUAUGAUGAAUGAGAUGAGUAUCAAUGCUCUAUACCUCCAUGAACUGAGAUGGCGACGUUCCCAUGGAGACUACCUCUCUUUAGAUGAACAUGCCCGAGCCCUGUGGAGGCCGCCACCUGCUGCUGCAGCCUCAUCGCCAGUCGAGGUCAGUGGUUCAGCAGCCACAGGAUCUCCUACAGGCAUGCAGCCUAUGCCAGAUAUUGUGGAAGAAGGCUCAGCUGAGGAGCGAGAGCUGGACACUUCUAUGAUAAUACCCUCUAUCGCAGAUAGGCUUGGCAACUCUGACUUGUGAUGAUGGCUGUUUGUGUGCAGUCAUGAAGUAGAAUCUUUCUUGAUCACUAUCGAUAAAAGCUUUGGCUUUUUCAAAAAUUAGGCUGUUGCUUUUGUUAGGUGGAUUUUUGGUGCUGUAUGACUUUGAGUGAAAGACAGGUAUCAGUGUAAUAACAGCAAAAAAAAACUUUUGUCAUGCAGCCAAAUCAAAACUACCAUGUAUGCUUGUUUAGUACUGUAUUAUAGCUAUUGUGGUUUUCAGUAUGAAGCCAGUAUGAUUUUCAGAGUAGAAUAUCAUUAGUCUUAAAACAGUGUGGAAAUAUUAUUUACUUGUUGGCAACUGUUGGUGUGCUCCAUAACUUAACAUGAAGUUUGUUUCAAAGUCCAAGAAUAAAUAUAUUGGACUUUCAUGGCUGUUGUACUAGUGAAGUGAUGCAUUGUAUCUGUUUACAGAACUGGCUGACAUGAUUAUAGCCUUAGUUGCUCACUUGGUGUAGAUCACUAGUUUAAUAAAGAAAAAGCUGAAUUUACUGUUGAAAAAUCCUAUUAUAUGUAUAUGUAUUUGGUAAGGGAGGCAGGAAGGCUGGGUGGAAAAGGGUGGAGGACAGAAGCUCUUCUGUGGAUCUCAGGCAUAAAGUAAUUUUUUUUUCCAUUAACAUAUAUCUUCUUCCACCUUUACAAAGCUUUUACAAACUCUUCUGUUACCAAAAAAGUACAGAGCUGCAUUUUUGAUGCUUAGAGCUAAGAAACAAGACCAUAUCACUACUCUUCAUUUUCUGCACUGGCUGCCCAUCCGAUUUUACAUUUAGUACAAGCUGUGUGUACUGUGUUCUAUUUUCGUGACAGGUUCCUGCCCUACUUCUCUGAGCUUAUUUUGCUUGCCCAUAAUCCCACCUAGACAACUCCACUCUUUGUUUGAUGACCAUAUGCUAACUGUCCGUAUCACCAGAACAACCACAACAACAACAGACACAGUAUUAUUAUUGUGUUGCAAAACAGUGGAACUCUCUCCUCUUCACUAUCUACCACUUACCCACCGUCAAAUCAUUUAAGCAUGCACUGAAAACACAUGAGCAUUAUUACUAACAACAAUACAACACUAUUAGUCCACCUUCUAACCCUUGUUUUACUUUUUCCUUCUGUUAACUAGUCCACUUGCUCGUCUUCCAUUGCUGUUUUCACUAAAAUCUCAAUCCUUACUGUUUGUUCCCAGAUUCUUUUUGCAUAGUCUAUGUUUGUCUUUUAUUACUUGUCUGCACAGAUGUUUAUCCUUCUGUUCUUUGUAUGCUGUCCAUGCCUCAUUCUUGUCUCAAGAGCUGAGAACAUGUUCCUUCAUAUAAAUCACACAUUUAUUAUUAUUUUAUGGAACUUGUAGCGUUAAGGGAAGUUUUUUCUAAAUAGUAGGCUUGUGUGGUGAAAUUCUAUCCAAGAUUUAUGAAAAUGCCAGUGUUUUGAAGAGCACAUGCAAUACACAUUUUGAAAAGGCCCACAGUUUGUUCACAUUUGUUGCCUUGCUUUUUAUUGACAUUAACCAUUCUUUUAUGGCAAAUGAGUAAUACUGCCAGAUGAGUGACGGGUGUGCUUGUCUAGUUGGCAUAUGAAGAUGUAUAUUUUGUCGGUUAAUAUUCUUUGUUUAGGAGUGAGUGGACUAUUGUUUCUGUGAUUGUAUUAUUAAUAGUCAAUGAAUACCCACUUAUAAGUUUCAAGGUUAUUUUUAAAUAGCUAGAGAUUCUAGAAUGUUGUAUGUUUAUUUUCUGUGUGCAUGAACAUGUAUAAAAUAGACAAGUGAAAGCAAGGGAACUUGAAAAGUGAGGCUGAUGUUUGUUCUGUAGAUGAGCGAGAUGGCAGAAAUGCAAAUCACAUUUUUAAUGCAAAGCCAUCCAUCAGUUUGAAAUGGAAUGUUUGUUGUAUUACUUAGCAAAUACAAUAUGUAUAUAGGUCUGAUUAUUUGACCAAUGGAAAUUAUUUAACUAAUGGAAAGUGAUUUUCCAUGUUUGUUUCCUGCCACACUGCUUUUUUUGUCACAUUUUUGUGUUAAUGCAAAAUGGUGCUCCAGGCUGUGAUAUUACAAACUUAUGGAGGGACAUAUGACACAUCAAAUGCACUUUACUAAUCUGGAAACUUCUGCAGUCGGAAACAAUCUAAUGUAUCUAAAGAGCAGUUGAAUAGCAUAUAAACAGCAUAGUUAGACUGCCUGCAUCUUUAUCUAGGAAACAGAGCCCUUGUAUGACAAUGUUCUUAUUUAGGUAGAUAUUGGUGCCACAAAGGGUGUAAAAUGUUCAUGUUAUUUUCUUAUUACAUUGUAUGGUAUACUUUAAGUUGGUUUUACAAUUCUGUAUUACCUUUUAUUUUUAGCUACAUUACUUAUCUACUGAAAAGAGCAUGGUGGUUACCUCCUAAUUGGUUCUGGACAGCAGUGAGCAUUUUUACCUUUUGGUUGCUUUUAUCUUCUUGAAAUUGUAGAUUUCUCUAGACUUUGUAAUUCUGUAGGAAGGCCUUUGUUAUUGCUGCCUGCAUUAUACUUAAUUUUUUUCUCUGUGUGAAGUGAAGAGGAUUUUCCAAAUUGCCACUAGUUUGAGAAUGUGCAUAGAAUCUUUUCUGUGUGUUUUGAGCAUUCUACUACAUAUUGCAAGAAUUUUCUUGGCGUGCUAUUCAAACUAUUUGAAAAAAAAAUUGUCUUUCUAACAGUACAUUUAUGGCAGUUGCUGAAUUGACAACUCAUAUCUGUGUGUGCAUGUAUACCUAUAUGUAAAUGGAUUUCAGGCUUUUUUUGUCUUCAAGGUUGUUUUUUUUUCUGCUAGGAUCUUUUGGUGGUGGUUAUGGAGUUGGAGAGAGUUGGGGAAGGGUUGUUAGGUGGAAUUAAACCCACAAAACAGAAUUUAAGAUUGUGGUAAAGAAUUCUAUCCUACCAUUGUUAGAAAGCAUGUCAACAGUCAACCACUUCAGGUGUUAGUAUCUUUGUAACUUUGUAGCAGAUGUUUUUCUUGUAUCUCUGUCAUUAAGAUUAUUGUAUGAGGCUGUGUGUCUGUUGCUUACAAAUGUAUGGUUAGAAUGACAGCAUUCACCCAUAUACUGGCUUAACCAUCAAGCUGCAUAUAAAAUAUUUAGUAGGUUUUUUCAGUUUAGUUUUAUUUCUAAUCAACUGUUAUUACAAUCAUUAAAUUUUUUUUAACAGAAGGUAUAUUUUUGCCGAUUUUUACAAAGCCAGUGAUAUAGCUUAGAUUCCUUCAUAGAGAAGAUGGGAAUAUCGCCAUUGUUUAGUACACUUGUUAAGUACAGGUGCAUGUAUGUGCGCAAAAUAAUGCAAUGCUCCCUGAAAUUGCUGUCAUCACAAAACAGUAGAUCUGUAUUUUGUGAAGCUCACUGUUGUCAAUUCCUUCAUCAGUGUAUCUUGUAUGUUUUUGCCUUAAAAUAAAAAAUCAGGUACAAGUCAAAAACAGGGAUCAAACUGGUAAUUCUUCCGAAUGUAAAUUGUCCUGUCUAGCUUUUUCUUCUUAAGAUGUGGCUUUGUAUGUUAAAAGAUAAUGUUUCUGUCAAGAAGUUGUACAAGUCAUCUGCACUGCUAGACCUUUUGGUAGAAUGUGUUACUCAAAGGUCAAUUUUUUUUAAUGUUUAUUUUUGAAAUUGUAGUUAUCCAUUGUCUGGGGUAUGUACCAGAGGUUUUCAGUUUCUGUAAUCAUCUGUUUCAUGUUGCAGUGCUUUUAAUUAUUAUGGAUCCAGGUAAAGUCAUAAACUGUUGUAAUUUUUGUUAGGUUUUAUCCUUUUUAAAUGUGCAUGAAAAUUGUAAUAGAACUUCUAACAAUUCUGAAUGAUUGCUACCACCUAUCAGUUUUCUUUUAAAACAAUUGACAUCUGCUUAGUCACAUCUGGUUGUGUAGUUCUGAAGCACAGUUGCUGACACUUCAAAACAGUUGAAGAAGAGGCAUAUUGCAAGUCAAUUUACAUUUAUAUUUUGUGAGUUGGCGGAGCUGUUAAUUUUUAUAUUUCAGCACAAACACAGUUUUGUUUAUCACACAUUGGAAUUAGUGUGGUAUAUUGAUGGUCUUUCAGUAGGAGGAUUUAAAUUUUUUAUUAUUAUAGGUUUCAUUUUUUUUUUCAAAUAAUGUUUAGAACAUGCAGCAAAACAGGAUAUCUAACCAAACACAAUGAUAAAGUUGUGGCGGUUACUCUGUGCAAAUAUGUGGUUACAAACUCAUGAAAUUAAUGCUUGCUUCGAUUUUUUUUACAAGAAUUUGUGUAAUUUUUAUGCAGGCCUGUUUGUUGUGUUUUAAUAGUUCACAGCAUUAUAGUCAUAACUUAAUGUGAAAUUUAUUGAAAAUAAAAGCUUUAAACACAAAUGUGGGUGUGGUUGAGUAAAAGUGUGAGAGCACCCAACAUAGAUUAGGUCGCCUCCCAUACACUUACCAUACACUUUUUUAAAAAUCAAAUAACUAUUCGAACUUCAGCUGCAAUACAGAUUCAAUUGUAAAUUUUACUUCCACGUGACUUUUUCUAAACAAAACUUGUAUUCUAGAAAACUGUGUACUGAAAACAUAUGUGGUUUUUAUGCUAUGGUGGAAAUGUCUGGGCAGCUAGUGAUGAAAUCAUUGCCCUGCCCUAAAAAAAAAACUAAAUAAAUCUUUCUGCAACAUGU